AUGGGUCGGAAUCCCCGCCGUCUUGUGCCCGGUCCCUCGCCUUCGGAUGACCGUGACCAAGAAACCUACCAUGACCAUGAUACUGAAAAUGGUAGUCCACCCGCUGAUGAAAUGAAGGGUUCUGGUACGUGGAAGAAGAGGGUUUCAACUGCUUGUCUGGCUUGUAAGAAGUCGAAGAGGAAGUGCUCGGGCACAUCUCCCUGCGCAAACUGCCAAACCUUCAAAAGAGUCUGCAUCUUCGACGAAUCCCUCGACCAACGUCGCCGCGUCGCCGCAAAAAGAACAGCAGACGAACUCUCCUACCACCGCGACCUCCUCUCCGACCUCUUCAAGCUCGUCCGCGAAGCAAACGAAUCAGACGCCCUGCACCUCCUAACAAUAAUCCGGCACAAUGCUCCCGCCGACGAAAUCCGCGCCUACAUAAACAAAACCCUGUCCUCCCUCGCCACCACCUCAACAUCAUCAGCCCAUAAACAGGAAACCGUCGCCAAGCUCGAGGAUAUGCGUCAGCUUAUCAAUGUCGAGGGGACCGGUCCGACGUUCAGGCGGAAGGUUAUGGAUAUUCAUUUCCUGUGUGAUUCCGCGCCUUGUCAGGUGCCUGCUAAGCCGUGGACGAGAGUUACGGCUGAUGCGGAUCUGGUGUCGCAUCUUGUUUCGUUGUACUUUGCGUGGGAUUGGCCGGUUGCCGCGUAUUUCUCUGAGUUCUCCGAGGCUUAUGUUGUUCCUGGUGAUAUCUCUUCGAAAGGAUGUGACUUCCUUGCUGAGGCGGAGAGGUUGAGGGAUGAGGAGAGUUCUCAGCCUAGUUUGGCGGGUUUGCAGGGGACGUUACUGAUGUAUGAGAGAUAUGCCAUGUCCCGCGAAGACGAUCUGGGAUAUAUCAUGUUGCACAAGGCUAUCAAAAUGGGCGAAGCAUUGGGUUUGGUCGGCAGAACUGGACCUAGAAUGGCUUCGGGCGAGUUAUCCCAGGACAUGGAUAUCUCAUGCAAGCGCACAGCCUGGGGUUUGUUCAAUGUCGACACAAUGGUCCACACAUCCUUCCUCCGGCCAAGUCUCAUCGACCACGUCAACAUGGCCCGUCUCGAUAUCAACCCGUCCGAAGACCAAGCCCUCUGGGAACCAUACCCAACGCACCGCAACCCGCGCCCGUCAUUCUUCAGCCAAUACUUCGACGAAGCAUGCAACCUGUCAACAAUUGCGCGCGAUAUCUCGCGCAGCAUGUUCGCAGACCACAGGACCAAUACCGCCCUCGGUCCCAUCCCCCGCCAGACCCGCGAGGAUCUAUACGACCGUAUCCGCCGCUGGAACGAUCUUCUCCCGGAGGACUUUGACGUGCGGUACAGACCCGCUCCGCAUAUCAUCUUACUGAAAAUGCGCUACCACGCCCUCGUCAUAAACCUCUUCAGCUGCAUCUCCGAAGACGAAGUCGCACCCAUCCCCUUCGAACCCAAAACACCGGAAAGCCCACCGCGCCACACGCCAGAGAGAAAAUACAACGCGCGGGAAGUGACGCAGAACGCGGCGCGCGGCAUCGCCGCGCUAACGCGUCUGCAUCGACGCGAGUUCGGCGUUAGUCGCGCGCACCAGUUCGCCAUGUACGCGAUCAACCUGGCGCUGUUUACGAUGCUCGAGCAGGAGUCGUUUGAUGUGCUCGAUGAGGAUUUCCUGACUCUUUCCAGUGCGUUCUCGGUUGUUGCGAUUCGGUCUGCGCUGGGCCGGAAUCUGUUUCAUAUUUUCCGGCAGUCGGUGCGGGCUAAGGGGCAGGGGGAUCGGAUUCGGGGGGUGAGUUCUGUGCCGGAUGAGUUGAAGGAUUUGUUUGAUGAGGGGUCGAGGAGAGGGGGUGUAGUCGGUUUGAUGAGUAUGCUGAUGGACUUGAGAAGUUGA